CUUCAGCGCAGGGCUUGGAUAGAUACCUAGAAGCUUGACUGCAUACAAGCUCUGUGGAUCCCUUCUUCGAGGUUGAACAACGUUUCACCGACUUCAACUCGACCAAUCGGCCACAAAAUGGUCUUCUAUCCGCCUCCAUGGGUCCCCAAGCUCCCUUUUGACCCGCCCGACUCGGUCACCAUUGGCGAAUUUAUGAGGAACGAGAUCUAUGGCCGCCGACCAAUCGCCAAAAGCAGGAAUCCUUUCACCUGCGGCCUCACGGGCAAGACGUACACUGUGACCGAGUCGCACAAGCGCUCUGACCUUGUCGCCAAAGCCUUGUCCAAGAUUAUGGGCUGGGAGCCCAAUGUCGACUCGCCCUGGGACAAGGUUGUCGGUGUCUUCUCUUUCAACACUAUCGACUACCUCUCGGUUCUCAAUGCCGUGCACCGCUUGUCUGGCAUUGCGACACCCGCAAAUGUUGCCUAUUCGGCCGGUGAGCUGGAGCACCAGCUCAGGUCCUCCGGCGCCAAGGCUUUGUUCACAUGCGUGCCCGUCCUGGACACGGCGCUCAAGGCCGCAAGGGCUGUGGGAAUACCCGACGACAAGAUCUUCAUCAUGGACCUGCCACACCAUUCCAACAAGACGAGCUUCAAGACGGUCGAUGACCUGAUCCAAUUGGGCCAUUCAGUGCUGGAUCUUGAACCUCUGAACUGGGUCAAGGGGCAAGGUGCGCGGCAGGUGGCAUUCCUCUGCUACUCCAGCGGUACCUCUGGUUUACCCAAAGCCGUCAUGAUCUCGCAUAGGAAUGUCAUAGCAAACGUGAUGCAGUACUGCCUGUUCGAGGACGUGUCCAGGAGGAAAUAUGGAGUUGAGACGCAGGUUGAGCUCGGCUUGCUUCCGUUCAGCCACAUUUACGGCCUGGUAGUAGUCGCCCAUUCGGCAACAUGGCGGGGUGACGAGGUCAUAGUCCUGCCAAGGUUCGAGCUCACAGAUUACCUCCGGGCUAUUGAACGGUUCAAGAUCAAUUAUCUGCCUUUGGUACCUCCAAUUGUUAUCCGUAUGCUGGGCAGCAAAGAUCUGCUCAAGAAGUACGAUCUGAGUAGCGUCAGGCUAGUGUUUACGGGAGCAGCACCGCUGGGGAAGGAGACGGUCGUCGAGCUCCUUCGUCUCUAUCCAAAUUGGCACGUGGGCCAAGGUUACGGAAUGACUGAAUCCGCAACCGUGGUUUGCUCAACAAGCGAGCACGACAUCUGCCCGGGGACCUCGGGGUCGCUCGUGCCUGGCACAAGAGCCAAACUCAUCGAUCAGGAGGGAAGGGAGAUUACCGAGUACGGCAAGCCUGGUGAGCUGCUGGUGCAGUCUCCGUCCGUGACUCUGGGCUACCUGCACAACGAGAAGGCCACGGCCGAAGCCUACAUCUGGGACGAGGACGGGAGAUGGCUGCGGACCGGCGACGAAGUCAUGGUAACCAAGGCGCCGAGCGGAUACGAACACCUCACCAUUGUCGACCGCCUAAAGGAGCUGAUCAAGGUCAAGGCCCACCAAGUCGCCCCAGCCGAGCUGGAGGCCCAUCUCCUGACCCACCCUGCCGUCGAUGACUGCGCCGUCAUUGCUGUGCCGGAUGAGAGGGAUGGUGAGGUGCCCAAGGCCUUUGUGGUCACGCCGCAGUCCAUGGCUUCCCGAAAGAACGAAGAUAUCGCGGCCGAAAUCAUCAAGCACGUUCAGGACCACAAAGCGCAUUACAAAUGGCUUAAAGGAGGUGUUGAGUUUAUCGACGUUAUCCCCAAGAGCCCCAGCGGCAAGAUCCUGCGGCGACUGCUGCGGGACAAGGAGAGGGAGGGCAGGCGGGCCAAGGGGUCCAAGCUGUGAUUGGAUGCGGUGUGUAUCAGUAUUGUAUACACAGGGGCCGGCGGCUCCAUCACUGGCAGCAGCAUGUAGCUUUGAUGUUAGUUGCCGCCAAAUAGCGCGCUAUAUCGACUUUGGACUGUCAUCAUCUAACUUGACUUUUUUGAUCUUUGACCUUGUUUGGAUGUGGCUUGAGACGAAAGGAAAUAUGGCCCACAAUUGGCCCUUCAUUGCGUGCUUUUCUGAGUUCAGACGGGUAAAGGAAAGAUUUUGAACAAACAAGUUAUAUCCAACCUGCACACAUUCCCCAUCGUGAACGCACUUUCCUCUCCUCAACCGGUGAAAUCAGCACACCGACCGAUGUAUGCCAUCCUCCAUCCGCUUCUUGGCCUCCUUGCCCAACCCCUUGACUUUCUCACCGACCCCGUCCGCUUUCCCCGGUCGUUGUUCCCCUUUUUCUUUCGUAGCCUCUCCACC